AUGAUCAAAAAGAUGAUGCUUGAUUAUACAAAUAAAGUAUGUCUAGCUCCAAUGGUUAGAAGUGGAGAACUACCUAUGAGAUUAAUGGCAGACAAAUAUGGCUGUGAUUUAUUAUGGACCCCAGAACUAAUUGAUAAAAAGCUAAUAACUACAACAAGAAUUGAAAAUAAACAAUUAAAUACAAUAGACUUUGUUGCAGCAAAUAAUAAUCAUCAAAAUUCCAAGAAACCACCAACCGAAGCAAUAAUUUUUAGAAAACAUCCACAAGAAUCGGGGAAAUUAAUACUACAAUUAGGUUCAUCAGAUCCAGAACUAGCAGUUGAGGCAAGUUCCAAAGUUAUAAAAGAUGUAGAUGGAAUAGAUUUAAAUUGUGGUUGUCCAAAAUCAUUUUCAACACAUUCAGGAAUGGGGGCAGAAUUACUCAAAACUCCGGAAUUAUUAUGUUCAAUACUAAGAAACCUAGUUGAAAAAAUUGGUAAACCAAACAACAAACCAAUAAGUUGUAAAAUUAGAAUGUUAGCAAAUUUCGACAAAACUUACAAAUUAGUGGAGCAAAUAGUCACUACAGGAAUAUCAAAUUUGACUAUACAUUGUAGAACACCUAAUAUGAGAAAUAGACAAAAUCCAUUUUGGAAUUAUUUACCUAAACUUAUACCCUUAAUUGAAAAAAAUGGAGUUAGUGUAAUACUAAAUGGGAAUUUCCAAUCAAAGUCAGAUUUAAUUGCAAUACAAAAAGCAUUAAAUAACGAUAAAAUAAGUAUAAUGAUGGCAGAAUCAGCAGAAGCAAACCCUUCAGUAUUUAGUGAAGUUCCAAAAUCUCAAGAUCAACUAAUUACUGAAAUUUUUGAGUUAGGUAAAAAAUAUCAUCUUUAUUCAGGUACGAAAUUUUUAAUAAUGAAUAUGAUCCCAGGUAAAUCAAAAUAUUAUCAAAUUUUUUCACAAUGUAAGAACUUCGAAUCAAUGGAACAAGAAAUCAUAAAAAUGAAUGAAAAUAAAACUAUAGAACAAUGGAAAAAUGAUAAAAUUUACAAGAUAUUAAAUAAAAAUUGUCAAAAACUGAAUUCUUUCAAUGAGGAAGAAUUUGUAAAAGAAAUGGAAAAAAGAAGUGUAGAAGUUGAGAAAUUUUUUGGUGCCUGGAAAGAAGACGCUAUGUUAUUAGAUUUGAAUGACUCCCCAACUAAACGAACUAUGGAAAUACCUAAACAUAAAUUAAAAAAUAAUAGAAAUGGUAAUGUAAAUAAACGACAAAAAAUUGAAGCUGUAUAA